UGGAACAUUAGAAGGGCAUCUUUACAUCAGCUGGGAAUGCACUGGCUUGCAUUCAGCUGCUUCUCCUAUCGCCUGUUGCUGCUUUUCCUGGUCAGUUACUCCUUUCCUCAUCUAGAGGCCACCUCUUGGCAGUGAUUUCUAGAAGUCCCCUAGGUCUUCAGUGCCUUGGCUUCAUCCCUGCCCCUCUGACCCUUUCCUCCUGCAGGCAUGAGCCUGGCCCACACCACUGUGCUCUUGUGGGCAUGGGGGAGUCUCCAGGCUUUUGAAAUUGUGGAGAAGGAGAACAUUUUUCAGAAGACCCCCUGCCCCGCUUUCCUGAUGUUUGACAAUGCAGCCUACCUGGCCGACAUGAGCUUCGAGCUCCCCUGCCACUGCAAGCCGGAGGAGGUGUCAGCUGUGGUCUGGUACUACCAGAAGCACCUAGGUGGCAGCCACACCAAAGUGCUGACCGACUUCGACGGGCGCGUGCUGACAGAGGCGGCUCAGGUGCGGGCCGGCAGCGAUGUGCUGGUGCGCUUCAGCAUCCGCAUGUUCAGCCUGCUGGUGUUCCGGGCCCAGCCUGAGGACUCAGGCUUGUACUUCUGUGGCACCCGCAAAGGGGACUACUUUUAUGCCUAUGAUGUGGACAUCCAGAGCAGUGAGGGAAUGGUGGCCACCUUCAUGGAUGAGGGUCAGGAGCCCUUUGCAGAUGAGUACCACAGGCGCCUCCGUGUCUUCACCACCUUCUGGGAGUGGACCCCCUGCGACCGCUGUGGGGUGCCUGGGGAGCAGUGGCGCAUCGGUCUCUGCUACCUGCAGAGCCCAGACCUCUCUCCGCGCUACCGCAAGACACUGCCCGACGUGGUGUCCUGUGGUGCACAGGCUGUGCCCAGGAAGCUGCGGGCUAUGGCCAGGGACCACACGCCUGAGCUGCUAGUUCGGAGCUGCACAGUGCCCUGCAAGAAGAAGACGAUCCGGGAGGGCGUGCUGGCCAUCUUCAACUAUGUGUCCAAGGUGGGCAGCCGGCCCUGGGUACCCCAGGUGCCCAUUCAAUUCCACCAGCAGAGAUUGGGCCACGGACUCAUCAUGUCCUGUCCCGGGGCCCGGCCCGAGCACGCGGUAGCCUGGGACAAGGGCCGGCAGCAGCUGUACCGCACACAGUACCUGAAAGGCGUCAACAGGUCCAUGAGGGUGUUCAUCGACCAUGGCCACCAGCUGCAUAUCCGCUUCACCCAGCUGGGUGACCGGGCCAUCUACUACUGCUGGCGGCAGGGGGUGCGGGUUGCUGGCUUCCGGCUGGGCGUGACAUCUCGAGGACGCUACCCAGCCUCACUCUCAGACCCUGAGACUCGCUCUGCUGUGAAGCUCACCCUGCUAGGCUACCUGUUGAUCACGGCCGUCUUUGUCACCAUUCACCUGUGUCGUUGCUGCUGUUACUUAUUUCGCUGUUGUCCCAACUUUACCCCCUAAGCUAUCCCUUCCCGACCUCUGAAGACCAGUUGUACUUCAGUGUGUUUGUUAAAUGGUUACA